GUAUCAGACUUAUAGGGAAGUAAUGAUGAUAGUAAGAUAAUACCAGUAAAAAAGACAAAUUAAUGCCACAAAUAUUAACAAAAAAAUAUGAACGUAAGAAAAUAUUAUAACAAUUAGGAACAAUCGAAAUGCCACAAAGAAUUAAGAGAAUCCAUAGAUAAGAAAUAGAAAAAUCUUUAAUAACAAGAUAUCAAAACACAAAAUAUCAUACACAUAAAAGGAAAAAAGAAAUAAAAAUGGGAGGCGGAAGAAUACAGUGCCAGAAAACCAAGUCAGAGUGGGUGACAAACAGCAAAUGAUGCGAGACGCGACGACGCUGCUGGCGCAGACUGAGUCUGACUGACUGACUCGCGACACGGCGACAGUCUGCUGGUGACUAUGGAGUGGGUAGGGUGUGCUGCUCCCUCACCAGCAUCAGUACCACGUGUUGGCAUGUCGGUGGUGGUGGUUGGCCUGCUGUUCCCCCUAAUUGCUUCAGAAGGGAAUGCGUCUCUGCUCCACGAGUGCAAACUGUUAUGCACCACAACUCUCCCGAGGAAUAAUGCCACAGAAACCUUAGACAAGGUGGUGGCAUGCGAUAAGGGCUGCGCCUCCUACAGCCGCUGCCACGAGGUCAAAGGACGAAGGGCGGCUACUCUUCAUGAUAUAUCCACACUUUGUUUAGCUGAGUGUGCAGCUUCUUGCACAGAACUGUUUGGAAGUGAAGCUGACUUGAGGGCUGCAUGUGUCAGAGGAUGUAAUGGCCAACAUCAACAAAAAUAUGGCUUGGCAGCUAUUGGUGACGCACAGUUUUCGUCACAGAGACUGGAAAUCCUGGAUGAUGCAGCUACCGGCGUGGGAAUUACUGGAAACGAAACCAGAAAUGUGUCGCUGAAUAUAGAAGGCAACAUUCAAACAGACAUAAAGGCACAAGCUUCUUCAGGUCCAAACAUAAGGAAGAACAAUGUUGCUACGAAAGGCGCCAAGAAAGUGGUGGACAAAAACAUAGCCUUCAACCUACAAGGGGAAAUUACCAAUGAGACAAGUUCUGAGGCGGCUCUAGCCAUGCAUGGAAAAGGAGGAUAUGUGUCUUACGGCAAGAGAGGGAGAGAAGCUUCCCAAAAUACAUCUGUCGAUAUCCAAGGUGUCGUGUCACAAAAUGGCAGCUAUGUUGAUGUCUCCUCCCAAUACAUACCUCCUGGGGCAAAGGGAAACCUCAGAGCAGGGAGAAAGAUGGGUGGGGAGAGAAAGAAGAGGAGGAAGGAGGAUGAGGAGGAGGAGAGGGAGAUCACCCAAAAAACCAAAGCGUAUAAGGAUUAGGAAGAAAAAAAUUUUGAAAAAGAAAAAGAAGCCCAUAGCGAGUCGGAUCGAGCCAAAGAAGACUGAGAAAUUAGGAAAGAUGGUGACGGCCCCUGUGGCUACGUAGCAAUUAUGUCUAGAUAAAAGGAAGGGAAUUACUGCAAAGUCCUUAUCUUUAUUAAUACAUGCAUAUACAGUAUUUACAUUGAUUUUUUUUUUUUUUUUUUUUUUUUUUAAGGAAGCGGUAAAACUCGUUGAUUGUUGUUACUACUUCUUGUCAGAGUUUAUUUGAUGUUUAUUUAUUUAUCAAUCUAUUUACUUGGUUCCUAUAUCGAAGUACACGAAGUUUUGGCAGAUUAAGACUACCGAUAUGAUUAAAAUUAAUGACGCUUCUUAUCGGAUGCAUUUUAUUUACUGUAGUAUUUUGUUACAUGGAGAGGUAGUAUGCUUCUAUAAAGCUUGUGAUAUUUUGUUAAAAGUGGCUAGCUUUUGCAAUACACUUCCAUUUAUACAUGUGAUGUAAAAGUUAAGGUUUUUGCAUGAACUUUAAAUUUCAAUAAAUCCGAAAAGUUUGA